GGGGGAAACUCGGGGCUCAGAUUCCUCAGGGGUCUGGGAGUCUCCCUCGAUCCAGCCUCCAGCUUCGCUCCUCGAUGUAUGUUACAGCACUGACACCCCGGGCGGGGGAUUUUUGUGUCGAAUCGCUGGGCAAAGACUUCUUGGCCCUCACUCCUGCUUGCCUCCGUCAGAUUACUUUUCACAGACUGGAGCUGGAUGGGAGGUGGAGACGCCUCCUUCGAGGCUGAAGCUGGGCAGGUCUCCAAAGGUGCAGCAGCCACAGCAAUCCCGCAGUUCAAAGUUAAGCAACAGUUGCACAACUUCCAGCAGCUCCCUUCAGACGGAUACUAAUGAGCUGAAAGCCAGGAGCAUCUGAGGAGGUGAAGAGGAAGCUUCCAGGUCUCUUCCCUUCACCCUAGAAAUCCAGAUAUCUCCCCCAUCCCCAGAGAACUUUGAGAUACCGUCCUUGCAGUUCGCUGGCCUGGCGGGCCAUGGCUCCCUUUGGAAGGAACUUGCUGAAGACUCGGCAUAAAAACAGAUCUCCAACUAAAGAAAUGGAUUCAGAAGAGAAAGAAAUUGUGGUUUGGGUUUGCCAAGAAGAGAAGAUUGUCUGUGGGCUAACCAAACGCACCACCUCUGCUGACAUCAUCCAGGCUUUGCUUGAGGAACACGAGACUACGUUUGGAGAGAAACGAUUUCUUCUGGGGAAGCCCAGUGAUUACUGCAUCAUAGAAAAGUGGAGAGGCUCUGAACGGGUUCUUCCCCCACUAACAAGAAUCCUGAAGCUUUGGAAAGCAUGGGGAGAUGAGCAGCCUAAUAUGCAGUUUGUUUUGGUUAAAGCAGAUGCUUUUCUUCCAGUUCCCUUGUGGCGGACAGCUGAAGCCAAAUUAAUGCAAAACACAGAAAAACUGUGGGAGCUCAGCCCAGCAAAUUACAUGAAGACGUUACCACCAGAUAAGCAAAAGAGAAUAGUCAGAAAAACUUUCCGGAAACUGGCUAAAAUUAAGCAGGACACAGUUUCCCAAGAGCGAGAUAGUAUGGAGACAUUAGUUCAUCUGAUUAUUUCCCAGGAUCAUACUAUUCAUCAACAAGUCAAGAGAAUGAAAGAGCUGGAUCUGGAAAUUGAAAAGUGUGAAGCUAAAUUCCACCUCAACCGGGUAGAAAAUGAUGGAGAAAAUUAUGUCCAGGAUGCAUAUUUGAUGCCCAGUUUCGGUGAAGUUGAGCAAAAACUAGGCUUGGAGUAUGAUGAAAACCAGAUUCUGGAGGACCUGAGAGAAAGUGAUGGAAUUGUACAGCUGGAGGAACGACUAACAUAUUAUAGAAAGCUCAUUGAUAAGCUCUCUGCCGAAAUAGAACAAGAGGUAAAAAGUAUUUGCACAGAGAUAAAUGAAGAUGCGGAAGGGGCAGCUGCAAGUGAACUUGAAGGCUCUAAUUUAGAAAGUGUUAAGUGUGAUUUGGAGAAAAGCAUGAAAGCUGGUUUGAAAAUCCACUCUUACUUGAGUGGCAUCCAGAAAGAGAUUAAAUACAGUGACUCAUUGCUUCAGAUGAAAGCUAAAGAAUAUGAGCUCCUGGCCAAGGAGUUCAAUUCCCUUCAUAUUAGCAACAAAGAUGAAUGCCAGCUAAAGGAAAACAGAGGAAAGGAAUCUGAGGUCCCUACCAGCAGUGGGGAGGUUCCUCCUUUUACUCAAAGAGUAUUUAACAUGUAUUCAAAUGACACAGACUCGGACACUGGUAUCAGCUCUAACCACAGUCAGGACUCAGAAACAACGGUAGGAGAUAUGGUGCUGUUGUCAACAUAAUUUGAAUGGCUUCUUUCUGACCUACUUCAAUGUUGUUCGCGUUUGUUUAAUUUAGUAGGAAACGUUAAAUAUUCCAUUCUGCAAAAAAAUGUAAAUCACGUUAAAGUGUUCGGUAGUUAAUAAAAAUUAGAGAAUUUUGUAAGUUUGUUUUUGAUUUAAGAGUUCCAAUGUGACCUAAUUAUUGCAAGUUCAAACAACGAACUCUUUAUUAAGAAUGCAGCACAAAUAGCUUGCAGGUAUAUAACAGAGAAAUAAUUUGAUGGGAAUUAUCAUCUCAUAGCUUCUGUGAGAAAUGAUUUAUUCAAACUGCAAACUAAUUCUUGAUAUUAGUCAAUAUAUUGAAACUAUACACAUGAACAAGUAAAAUUAAAAUGUACUGUUAUAUAUUUUUCAACAAUGUAUCAUUGGAAUUUUAUAAUCUGUAAAGUAUAUGACAGCUACUAUAUUGUAACUGUAUUAAUUCAAAUUCUGAUUCUUUUCAUUGAUAUUUAGAAUGUGUAUCAUCUCUGUUACUUCCUGAACCCCUCUACCUGUUAGGUCUAGAUGACAGGAAGUGGAAGGAUUGCUAUUGGGACAUGUACAAAUACCAGCAGUGGAUCAGAGAGGAGUAUAGAAGCCUAAAAUUAUUAAGGGAUAUGUAUGUGCUUUCUCUCUCUGAUAUGCAAAACUUUGGUCAGACCAAUGGUCUGUGCAGUUUCAUUCCUUGAAUGAGAUAUGGCGUGGGUUACAGAGAAAAUCACAGGGUCCUAGUCCUGUUAGAUUAUACCUUAUCUACAAAGGUUGAAGGGAUGCAACUUGGGGUCCUUCCGGUGGGUAAAAUAGAGUUCUAUGUGCCAUAAGUAUUAAUAUUAGCAUUUUGUCUCUGAACAUAUAGAUAGGACCUAAUAUGGACAAAAAUCUUUUAUUCUGCUACACUAUAAUUCAGAUUAUCUUUGUAGUACUUCAUCUAAGGUGCAAACUGAAAAAAAAAAGUGCUAGCUCUACUCUCUACCCCACCCUCAAGCGUGAUAGUAAAUAUUCAACAAAUUGAAUAGAUUAUUUAGAUCCUAUCUUGACUGACAGUCAUUACAGUGCCAGAAGAGGCUUGGUUUUGCUUCAUUUUUAGUUAGGAAGUUCCUUUCUCUUUCUCUCUCUUCUCUCCUGCUUCUUUCCCUUCUUUAUUUCUUGCUAUUGAGCAUAUAUCAUAUUGAAAACAGUUUGUUUUAUUGUACUGUUCAAUGAAUACAGCUGCAGUUUAUUUUUUCUUUAGCUAACACCUUUCCCAUAUGUCAGUGCACAUGUAAGUAGAAAUAUUAUUUUACUUAGUUUUAAUAUGUGGAUAUUGGUUAAGAUUCCCAGUAUUUCUCAUUUCUUCCCUUUAUCCUUAUGUUUACUGUAGUGUAUGUUUUAACUCAGUUUCCUAAUCUAUUUUUAAAUUUCUCCAUCCCCCAGAUUUCACCUAUCUUUGGGAAGAUAUUUAGAACUUUCUUAAUAUUUCACUUUUGGAGAACAUCUAAUGUUAUUAUUUUUCAUGCCAAGAUAUUGCUGAAGGCCUCAUUUGAAGUUGGAUGGUAAGAAAAGUAGGAAUUUCCAUUCUAGGGAAACUAAGGUGAUAAACAGUAAGUAACAACACUAACAUGGGUUUAAUUUAAAAGAAAUAAGAAGGGAAUUGAAUAGUCAUCUGAGAAAGAGAAGUUUAUUUGCCUAAUAUCCCAUUAAAUCAUUCAGCACUAUGGUAAGCUAUUGAGAUAUUUAUUGUUCACUACUGGGGAUUAAACUCAGAAGAUCAUCAUCAAAGAUAAACCAAUCAUAAUGUUUUUCUAAAGUGAAAGUCAUCUCUUUGUAUUACUCUUUAGUGAGAAAAUAAUGAAAAGAACAUUGUUAUCUGCUAUAUAAUUUGAUUAAUUAUCUGAAUUCAAAACCGGUUCUGAUAAGAAACAGGACUAGACAGAUAAUUUCAUUUUAGAAACUGCAUUAAUGUCUGCCUUUAUACAGUUAAGCACAGUGAUGCAUUCUAGGGGCCAAUUCUAUAUUUUUAGAGUAGAUAACGUUAAAAACUCUUGUCAGAAAGCAAGACCAUCAAGUUUUAAAUUCACAUUAGAAUUUCUAUUUGUUCUUUAGUUAUAUACAAAUGUAUUUGUGCUUUUGAUUCAUUACAAUAUUAAAUCAUCAGUUACCAUGGUGAAUCUCUAAUUUAGAGUAAUAAUACAAAUAAAAAUACUAAAAUACGAUGCACUCAUCUCUGGAUACUGAGCUAUUCUUUAUCAAAUUAAGUGAGAAUUUAUAUUAUGAAUUUAUAACUUGAUAGAAACCUUAAUGUUUUAAUUAUUUAUAGAGGCUUUAAAAUAAAACGUUUAUAAAUUCUUGAGUAACCUGACAGGUUAACUAUGAAAUUGCUAUAUGCAGCUAGAAGUAGCAAACCAAAGCUGACUAAUCUUUCCUAUAACAAGACAGAUUUUCAUUGACUGUGCCUUGUUCAUCCUCCCACUUGCAAUGUCUUUUUCCUCCAUCUGCUAUACACUGAAAUCCCACCCAUUUCAGGUUUUUAACAUGUUAUCUCUUCUAUAAAGCAUAUAUUGUUCCAUUCAACCUGUUGUAAAUCUCUGAACCCACAAAUAUUUUAGUGUAUUUUUCAUAGAGGAACAUUUAUAUUCUAGCUUAGCUUAUGUUUAUUUAUGUACUUAUCUAACUUCCCUCCCCCAAUGUAUUUUUGAUUGUAUUACUUUGUCUUCUAUCUUGUUGACCUUAUUCCCUACAACAACCUCUUUGCCCCUACUCAGUUUUGGAAUUGAAUUGCUAAAUUUUAGAAGAUUGUAACCUGUUAAAAAAGUUAUUUCCAUACAUGGUAAAUGAUGCUUGUGCAUUUUAUACAGAAAUAUGCAUUUUAGAAGACAAAAUAUUAACAGUAAUUCUACUUAUAUAUUCUUUGGGGAAAGCACUAAAUCUUAGGGUUAUUAUGAAAAAAUUUUAAAGUAGUGUCAAUUUUCUCUUUUACUUUUAAUUCACAGAGUUACUGAUUUAAAACAAUGGAAAUAUUGUCUUUUUUUAAAGCCCCUCAAUGGUUAAAUUAUGGUAUUUUCUUCUGCAUCCCUUGCAUGUAAGAAAAAUUAUAUUUUAUAGAACUAGAUUUUAAGUGGUAGACACACAAAAUAACUUCAAAGUCUCUUUUAAAAAUAUCUAUUUUAUUUUCUUUUUAAUUAAAAACAUAAAUGGCCUCUCAUUAGCGUGCAGAAGCUAUUCUAAUCCAUUGAAAUUUUAUUUUUAUAUUUAUUUAAACAUCUAUUGUACAUGACAAAAUAUAUUUCUGUGGCUGCAUUUCAUAAUUUUUCUAAGUAGGAUUAUUGUUUGAUUUAAAAUAUUUUUCUAGUGACAAAGGAAUACCUUUUAACAUAGAUUUCUUUUAAAUAUUAGGCUAUUUCAUUUCAUACUACCUGAUUGGUUUAAUAACCUGAUAUGACAAAUAUAGAGUACAAAUAAUUUCUUCAAGUGUAACUGAUCCAGAAUAAUAAAAGGAAUGGUUGUAUUCUUUCAUGAGA